UUUCCGGUGCUGAUGAACGGUGAAGGAGCGCGGGUCCUGGAGACUAACCGGAGUAGUAGAGAGUAGUGGGCGCCUCGCUGACAGUAUUAGUGUCUCCUCACUAAACGUCCUGCACACUGCAACGUGACACCGGGCGCACAUUUUAUAUUCUCCCUCUCUCUGCUCUACAUCUAGCACCGCGCUUUGGAGUCUAAUCCCGGUGUGCAACCAACAACAGCCCGUUAGCUGCAGCAGCUCGCUGUCUGUCUGUCGGUCGGUCGGUGUGUCGGUAGCUGCCACCAUGUCCGGUGUAGUGCGAGGCCCCGCCGGGAACAACGACUGUCGGAUUUACGUGGGCAACCUUCCUCCUGAUAUCCGCACGAAGGACGUGGAGGACGUCUUCUACAAGUACGGGACGAUACGAGACAUCGACCUGAAGAACCGGAGAGGGGGGCCUCCGUUCGCCUUCAUUGAGUUUGAAGACCCCCGGGACGCCGAUGAUGCGGUCUAUGGGCGUGAUGGGUAUGACUAUGACGGCUACAGGCUGCGGGUGGAGUUUCCUCGGAGCGGCAGGGGCUCAAGAGGCGGGUUUGGUGGGAUCGGUGGAGCCCCCAGAGGCAGAUAUGGACCUCCAUCCAGACGCUCCGAGUACAGGGUCAUUGUGUCGGGACUCCCUCAGAGCGGCAGCUGGCAGGACCUGAAGGACCACAUGCGUGAAGCAGGCGACGUGUGCUACGCCGACGUUUUCAGAGAUGGAACCGGAGUUGUAGAGUUUGUGCGCAAAGAAGACAUGACCUAUGCCGUUCGAAAGCUGGACAACACCAAAUUCCGCUCGCAUGAGGGAGAGACUGCUUACAUUCGUGUGAAAUUAGACGGUCCCCGCAGCCCAAGUUACGGAAGAUCACGCUCCCGCAGCCGUGGCAGUCGGAGCAGGAGCAGGAGUCGCAGCGCCAGCCGCAGCCGCAGCAAUUCCCGUGGCCGUGGCAGAGGAUCGCCCCGCUACUCGCCUCGACACAGCCGCUCUCGCUCCCGUUCUUAAACCUUUCUACCACCAAUGUUUUGCCCUUUUGAUGUGUACCCUCCUGUUUUUACCUCCUAUCAGUUCCUCCAGAUGUCAGCAAUUGAUUUUUAAUUUUUGCAUUUCAUGUCCUGAUGUCCUUGUGGAUGAACUUGGUAUGUAGAUGUACCUCCCCUCCCCUCUCACCCUUUCUCCCCACCCUCUCCAGCUGCUUUGUCCUUUUUGUUUCCUCCCUCUCUCUCUCUCUCUCUCUCUCUCUCUCUCUCUCUCUCUCUUUGUCUCUGUCCCUCUCUGUCCUCUCAAUUUUUGCGACAUUAGGAAUUGUGCUGUGUUGAACUUCAAAAAUGUUGAGUUGCCGUAAGCUGCACUCAAUGUUUUUGCAAGUAUUUUAAAUUGAGUUUUGUUUUAUUUUUUUAAAAAACACAGAGCUUCUCUCAUUGGAUAUGUGGGGUGGACUGUUUUGGACGGGUAGCCCCAAUGCUUAACUGUAUUUUACCCUUGUGUCUUCCUUUAGACAUCUGAAGAGAAGGAUUAAAGUGAUUUGGAAUAAAACCAUUGUGGAGCACAUUUCAUUUGUAUGGUCAGGAUAGGACAACUAAGUGAGGAGCAAUCAGGUCGGGGCAAUGGUACGCUUCAUAUUCCAUAAAUUGAACGUUUUGAUAGGUUGUCAUAUCAUGCAUGUCAUAUUUAACAAAGCCAUAUGUGCUGUACUUUGUUAUAUAUACAAUUUUUAACUCUGGCUUGUGACUGAGAAUAAGCAGUCCUAGAUCAAUUGUUGUGAUGUAAGUGUAACAUCUUUGCUGUCAAAUGUAAAAAUCUGAAUCACUACUUUGUUGCAAAAACGUCCCACUUUUAACUUUUAAAUGUCCUCAUUGGUUAAAAUGUUUUAACUUCAGGGAGCGAUAGUUUUUAUGCUCAGUGGGGUUGUUUUUUUUCUUGAUCUGACAUGAGUGCUCAAAAAUGGAAAAAUUAGGCCCAAAAAUCUUGACAUUUUAUUCUAACAGUCUGCCUCUGAUUUUCUUCCUGGUAUUUCAAGGUUUUGAUUGGAGGAGUGGCUCAGUGGAUCCCAAUCCUUGGAGCUGGAUGAGUGGAUCGAUUAGGACAGGGAUAGGCAAGGAUGGAUGCUCGGAACGGGAUCAGUUUUCCAGGAUUCAAAUGAGUUUUGAUUUCAGAACUAAUUAACGGAAGUCCCAUAGCAACUUUUUUUUUUCUAUUAGGCCCCCCAAUGCCUAUUUAACGUUUUUCAGUGGUAAUGGCUUUAUUUUACAAGAAAACGAAACUGAGGACCAGGAAGUUGGAUCAAAGGAUGGAGUCGUAGAUGCCUGGUAUGAAGGAAUUAAUAAUUGGGGAGGUUGGGACGGGGUUUCAUGUGGGGAGUAGUUUGUAUGAUUUAAUUUGCUUAAUCUUGCUUUUCUUUUCUCUUAGCAUUUUCAAUAAAAACACUUUCAAACAAGAA